GGCGAGAAGGGGGACCCCGGCCAGACGGGAUCACAAGGACGUGUGGGGCCACCAGGUCCUCCUGGAGAGCCGGGCCGCCACGGGCUGCCUGGCCCUCCGGGACCCGUGGGGCCGCCGGGCACCCCAGGACAGAUCAUCGAGCGGCCAAGCAAGGGGGACAGGGGAUUCCCAGGAGCUGACGGGGUGCCAGGAAGCCCCGGGCGCCCCGGGACCGCCGGGGCCCCUGGGCAGCCGGGCAAUCCGGGCAUCCCUGGCCCCCGAGGGGAUCCCGGCCCAGGGGGGCCAACAGGACUCUCUAAAGCGAAGGGGGAGAAGGGCGAGCCGGGCGAUCCCAGGGUGGUCGUGGGCGGCGAGCAGGGACGGAAAGGGGAGCCAGGCGCACCG